AUGGAGGUGGCCUCUACACCCGCGGAGGUGCGAGCGAGAACCCGCCGUCAAACGGCGGAUAGGAGAUGGGUCUUCAGGAAGCUCGACCAGGAAGCCCUCGAGGUCAGCCUCACGGUGUCUACGUGGGCUGACCGGGGGCAAGACGCCGGAGCUGAGGCGGAGGCGGAAUGGCUCUGCGACGCCAUGUUGCGUGCGUGCGAUGCCUCCAUGCCCCGCAGCCGGUCAAGGGCGCAGCGUGUUACCUACUGGUGGUCCGAAAUGCUCGCCCAACUAAGGCGGGCGACGGUGGGCACCAGGAGGGCGUUUACGCGCGCCCGACGCCGGGGCAUGGAGGCGGAGGUGGAAGAAACCAAGGCGGCCUUCAGAGACGCCAGAAAGGCGUUGAGGGUCGCCAUACGCCGGGCGUAG